UUGGACGGAAUGUCUUUACAUAUCAUUCAUCAAUAAUUUUGAUUUUAGUUGUCAGCUUAUGAAGUUGUUUAAACAAAAAGCUGUCAACACUGUGUCGGUAACUUCACAGUGAAAUUUAUUUUCUCCUGAACUGAUAUUUAAAGGCGGCAAAAAUAUACGGCUGAAAAGAAAGUGAAUCAAAAUGAGUCGGUUAUACGAUACAGUGGAGCCAGCUGUUAUAGAUGAGGAAAUGCUCAAGAAAGCUGUUGAAGAACAGGGACCAAAAGAAGAAGCAGGGAAGAUUGCAAAACAAGAGGGAAUUGACUUUGGAGAUGUACUAUCUCUGCGACUUGAUUUUUUAAAUAUUCUGAAAAUUGAUAAUCUGUGGGAAUUCACAAAGCUUACCAAAUUACAGUUGGACAAUAAUAUUAUUGAAAAAAUUGAAGGAUUAGAGAGUUUGGUCAACUUAGUUUGGUUGGAUUUGUCCUUCAACAACAUAGAAUGCAUUGAUAACCUGGAAACACUGACCAAACUGGAGGACCUGACCCUGUAUAGUAACAGAAUCUCCACGAUAGACAACAUGGACACCCUCCUAAACCUCCACGUCCUCUCCCUCGGCAGAAACCAACUCACAGAUUUAGAAAAUUUGAGGUAUCUAAGAAGAUUCAAAAACCUGAAGACACUGAAUUUAUCAGACAAUCCUUUCUGCAAACAAGAGGAAUACAAACAAUAUGUGAUUGCAUUUUUAUCAAAUCUGGAAUUUUUGGAUUACAGACUUAUUGAUCAGCAGUCAAGGGAUGCUGCAAUAGAAAAAUACCAGGUCUCUAGAGAUGAGAUGCUUCAUAAUGAAAGACAGGCAGAAAUGAAAAAAGAGGAGGAGGUUAAAAGACUACAGGAGCUGGAGAAACACAAGAAUGCCUAUGUAGAGCUGAUGAAUGGACCAGAUCUAUUUGAACAAAUGUAUGCCGAGGACAAGGAGGGACAGAAACUGAAUGAGAUGCCAGGCCUGGAGGAUCAACUUCAUAGCUUCAAAGAGAAGUUUAUGCAGUACUGUAUGCAGAUCUUUGAGUUUGGUAUUGCUGAGCAUGAGAAGCGGGAGGAAGAAGUGAAGAGUUUCUGGGAAUGCGUGGAGGAGGCCAAACAGGACAACAAGAGGCUUGGGAUGAAAUACAACGUGGAAUUCACUGAGAUGAAGAAGAAGCUCUUGCAGGAGAUGUCUCAGAUGAGUGAUCCAAAGAUGUUAGAACAGUGUGUCAAAGAUUACAACGACAGAAUACAGGAACUCUGGGACAAGCUGAUGGGAUUAGAGCUACAGCUUGUUGACCAGUUAGAGGAAGUAAUUAAAGAAUUUGAGAGAAACAUGCAGGACAUGGUAGGCUCAUUUGUAGAGAAUGUCCAAGCUCUUCUCUCUCAGUGCCGGGACCUGGAAAACAAUCACCAUGAAAAAAUGAUGGAAAUUGCCAUUGUCACUCUGGAAAAAGUCAUCAAAAAUGAACUGGAUGAUGAAAUAUCUGAUGAUUUAAAAAUGUUACUCGUGGACAAAGACACCAUUAUCAAUGCUGUAUCCUCCUCACAUGAUGUUCAUCUGCUGAAAAUUGACAAUAAGGAGGAUGACAUGGUAACUCGCAUCAACCAGUGGCUCAAGAACAUGAUUGAGCAGAUUCACCAGGAUGAGGAAAUUACCCGUAAUAGAAUGCGUGUGUCAGAAAUUAACAAUCUUAUUGAUCACCUGCGGGAGGAAAUGGACAAUCUGGAGGUGAUGCAAAACUAGGGAGUUUGAUUCUAAAACAUGUCAGAGAGCCUGAAUUGAAUGCCUUGUGAUUGGAAAAAGAUAUCUUUUAGUUAAUGGACUAUAUUAUCAGACCUUUGAACUUCAGUUUACAAGUUCUUGAGGACUACAUUAAAUUGCUUUUGUGUAGCCUUUAACUGUUCUGUAAAAAAGGUACAAAUGAGAUGUGUGAAAAACUUAUUAAUUUCUGAAAAUCUGUGAUAAGGAAAAGUUAUAAAUAAAUCAGUGAUAUCUUUAACUGUAAAGAUGUUUAAUG